AUGAGAAUGGCUACCUUGUGGAAUAUUGCAAUAUUUACAGUUUUACUUAGCAAUGUGAUGCAUAUAUUUUUCGUUAACUUUGAACGUACAAAGGAAAGAGAGAAUUCUCCAGUUUCCACAUUAUGGACAUUUUUUAAAAAUAGUGAAAAUAAAUAUAGGAGAAAAAUCCUUACCGAAAAAGAAGAGGAUACUAAUGAUGAUUUUUUAACGGAUUUUAUAGUACAUAACAAUGUGAGUUUUUCCGACUGUUUUCUGUCAUUAGUAGAUACGGGAAUAUUGGAGGAUAUAGAUGUGAAAGAAAAGGAAAAAACUGAAUCCAUAAAUAUACAAAAAGACACGGAUAAAAAAGAAGAAAAAGAAGAAAAAGAAGAAAAAAUGGAAAAAAAGACGAGGAGGUAUAGAGCUUGUUGCAAGCUAUUAGGUAAACAAUGCAAUAGGCACAAUAGAAAGAGGAAAAAUCGGUUGACAGAAGAAAAAACAGAAGAUACUACUGUAGAACAAGGUGAAAAAGAAGUAGAAGAAACACCCGAAAAGGAAAUAAAUAUGGGAUACCUAAAUGCAACAUCGUCUAACUAUUAUAAAAGCAAACUUCGUAUGUAUGGAUAUAAAGGUCCAAUUGAGUCGGAAGAAAAUAAUGAGAACACAGAAAGACCACUUUUUGUUCCAAAAGUACCGAAACGUAAAUACGGAAAUAUAUAUUUAACUAAAUUUGAUAAGGAAUUGGCAAAACAGAAAAAUAACAAACUUAUGGAAAUAUAUUCAUAUAAGAAGAAAUCUUCUAUUAAUGAAGGAAUUAAUAAAGAUCAAGAUCCUGGAGUUAGUAACAUAUCUUCAUAUAAUAAAGAAUUGGGUAAAAAGAAACCAUCAAUGGAGACUAAUGUUGCAUGUAAUAAAAGAAAACUUGUCUUGCACGAUGAUAGUAUUUUAAGUGAGGUAAAAUCUGAAAGAAAUAUAUAUGAUUACGAUUCUGAAGAGGAUACAAGUAAUACAGAUUCAGAUAGCUCAGAUAAUUCAGUUUCCUCUCAUGAUUUAUGGGAGGAGAAUAAAAAAAAAAAGAUCAAGUAUUCAGACACAGAGACAGAGGCAGAGACGGAGGCAGAGACAGAGACAGAGACGGAGGUAGAGACAGAGACAGCGACAGAGACAGAGACAGAAACAUGUUCAGAGACAGGAACAUGCUCAGAGACAGAAACAUGCUCAGAAACAGACACAGCUAGCGAAGCAUUAGAACAAGAAGAAUUGUAUAAUUCAACAUAUAUGUAA